UGGCAAGCAGCGACAAGUAUUUUUCUUUUUUUCUCCAUCAACGUGACUUUCACGAUUGUCUGUAUUGUCCAGUGGUCCAAUGAGGGUCCAACACAGACUCUUCAAUCAACAAAAUUGUUUAGUCGUGUUUCUGUCGCGAGCUCUGCGGUCGGUUGUCCGCUGUGUUUAUUCAAUAUUCGUUGAAUAGUAAACAAGAUUUCAUUUUGUAUAGUUGUGCUGUGAUGCUGUGCCGCUAUGGAUAAAAUAAAUUUUACAGUCAAUGGCGAACAAUACACGUUAUCUGGAACGGAAGUAAGUCCUCGGACGACUCUGAAUGACUACAUCCGUGACUACCUUUGUCUGUAUGGCACCAAAGCGAUGUGCCACGAGGGGGGCUGUGGGGCAUGCAUAGUCUCGGUCGCCCAGGCACACCCACUCACCAAGGAGAAACGAGUCUUCUCUGUCAAUUCUUGUCUGGUCCACGUAUUAUCAUGCCAUCAGUGGGAAAUAACAACCAUUGAAGGGGUGGGUAACAGGAGGGACGGUUACCACGCUGUUCAAAGCCGGCUGGCGGGCUUCAACGGCACCCAGUGCGGGUACUGCACCCCUGGCUGGGUCAUGAGUAUGUACAGUUUGUAUUCGAGUUCGAGGCAGCUGACGAUGAAGCAGCUGGAAGACUCGUUCGGCAGCAACAUGUGUCGCUGCACCGGCUACAGACCCAUCCUAGAUGCCUUUAAGAGCUUCGCCACGGAUGUCGGGGAUGACCUCAGGAAGAAAGUUCAGGACCUGGAAGACCUGGAUCAAUUGAAAUGCAAUAAGAGAUGUGAGAGAAGAUGUAGUGUAGUGAAUGAUGAGUGGUGUCUCAUCGACGACAACCAGGGUUCGCUCAUGGAUGUUGGCGGGAAAAGUCGGUGGUACAAGGCGUACACUAUCAAAGACGUGUUCCAGGUCCUCUCUAAAGAGGGUAUUGACAGUUAUAGACUUAUUUCUGGAAAUACUGGUCAAGGCGUAUUUCCACUGAGCCACGAGCCUCGCAUCCUCAUAGAUAUAUCAUCCAUACCUUCGCUAAAAGAGUCGUUCUCUGAGGGUAACCUGGUGCUGGGAAGUGGUAUGACCCUUACUGACGUUAUGACGCUGUUUGACAAGUGGUCAAAGGAAAACGAGGACUUCCUAUAUUUGAGAGAAUUCUAUGACCACCUGGAUUUAGUCGCUCAUGUACCGGUUAGAAAUAUCGGGACUAUUGGAGGAAACUUGGCAAUAAAGAACUUGCAUCCCGAUUUUCCUUCAGACGUUUUCUUAAUAUUUGAAACGGUCAACGCUGCCAUAACCAUAGUUGAUAGUUCUUUGGUGGAACAUGACAUGAGUUUGAAAGACUUUCUCAAGGUGGACAUUAAAAAUAAAUUAAUAAAACAAGUGAAAAUUCCACCUUUGUCAUUGAGAUCAUUAAUACGGACUUACAAAAUUAUGCCGCGUUCACAAAACGUACACAGCAUAGUCAACGCUGGUUUUCGUUUCAAAGUAGACGACUCCAACAAAGUCGUCCAAGCCUUUAUCGUCUACGGGAAUAUAAGGAGCGCCUUCAUUCGAGCGACCGAGACGGAAGAGGUGAUCAAGAAAACGGAGCUGUUUACCGAGGGCACUCUGCAGAAAGCCUUGAAGGUGUUGAGUGAUGAGCUGACGCCAGAAAACAUACCUCCAGACCCGUCACCUUUUUGCAGGAAGACCAUUGCUUUAGGGCUGUUUUAUAAGGCAAUACUCUCCUUUAGUCCAACACUGAACGCGCGGUACAAGUCGGGAGCCAGCAAGCUGCAACGCCCCUUGUCCCAGGGCUCCCAGAAGUUUGACACGGACAAGGCAUUGUGGCCGCUCAAUAAACCCGUGCCCAAGAUCGAGGCUUUGACACAGUGUUCAGGCGAGGUGUCCUACGUUUGUGAUAUACGUUCACCUCUACGGAGCGUGCACGUUGCCUUAGUAUUAUCUGACGUGUGUGUCGCCGAGAUUGACCGGUUCGACCCCUCUGAAGCUUUGAAAAUGUCAGGCGUGAUCGCAUUUUUCACUGCCAAAGACAUCCCUGGAAAGAACACAUUCACACCCUCCAAGGUGCCAUGGCAGGAAUCGGAAGAGGAAAUUCUUGCCAGCAAGCAUGUAUCUUAUUACGGCCAACCAGUCGCCAUUGUCGCUGCCCUGACGCAUAAAUUAGCAUUGGCUGCCGCUGAGUUGGUGAAGGUUUAUUACAAGAAAAGUGACGCUAAAUUAGUUCUUACUAUACAAGAUGCUUUGGCCUCCCCGGAUAAAGAAAAACGCAUCCGUUCCGAUACAACCAAGAAGCCGACAGGCCGAGGGGACAACGUGAAGCACGUUAUAAAGGGGACUUACAAGAUCCCCUCGCAGUACCACUACACGAUGGAGACACAGUCGUGUCACGUGAGUCCCGUCAGUGGACAAGGGCUGCAAGUGCGCGCGUCCACGCAAUGGAUGGACCUCGUACAUGUGGCUGUCGCCGACAUGUUGGACAUUCAGCAGAACAAAAUAGAGGUGAUAGUACCCCGAGUAGGCGGGGCAUACGGCGGGAAGGCAAGCCGUUCAGCGCUAAUAGCGUGUGCGUGCGCACUGGCCGCGUACAAGCUGAACCGAGCUGCCACGUUGGUGAUGCCGCUGACGCACAACAUGGCCGCCAUCGGCAAGCGGCAGGAAUGCCACGUUGAAUAUGAGGUGGCAGUAAAUGAUGCCGGGGUCAUCCAGUAUUUAGAGCUUAGCUACUACUCAGACUGCGGGUACUCGUUCAACGACAGUGCCGGAGGGGCGAUCGCCGAUGUCAUGGCCAACUUAUACGACAACGCACGAUGGACCAUCAACGGGUACAGUGUACUCACUGACAAGGCUAGCAAUACGUGGUGCAGAGCGCCUGGUACAACAGAAGCUUUCGCAAUAAUGGAACACCUGAUGGAGAGAAUCAGCUAUGUAACAAACAAGGAUCCCAUCGACGUUAGAAUAGGAAAUAUGGCCGCCGAACACGGCAACAUCAAGGAAAUGAUAGAUACACUCAAAUAUGAAUCUCAAUUCGACGCUCGUAGAGCUGAAAUUACGAAAUUCAACGCAGAGAAUGCUUGGAAAAAACGUGGGUUGAAACUCGCAAUUAUGUCUUUCCCGAUCGAGUACUCAUGGAAUUUCCCAGUGACGGUUUCUAUUUACCACGGAGACGGUUCCGUGGCUGUCUCCCAUGGGGGGAUAGAAAUGGGUCAAGGAAUAAAUACUAAAGUGGCCCAAGUAUGUGCAUAUAGCCUUAAAGUGCCAUUAGAAAAAGUUGCAGUGUUCGAAAGCAACAGUUUGGUGUCGCCCAAUUCUAUGGCGAGUAAUGGUAGCAUAACAAGCGACUGUGUUGCACACGCUACGUUGAAGGCGUGUACAGAGUUGCUAAAUAGACUGGAACCAAUCAGGAAUGAGUUAACAGACCCGACAUGGGAAGAAGUCAUCAAAAGAGCAUAUGAAAAGGGCAUAAACCUGCAAUCGAACCACAUGACGUCGCCACUGGAUAACCUGAAAGGCUACAACAUAUGCGGCGUAUGCGCGGCAGAAGUUGAGCUGGACGUGUUGACAGGAACUCAUAUACUGUCCAGGGUGGACUUGCUCGAAGACACAGGUGUCAGUUUGAGUCCUGACGUGGACGUAGGCCAGAUUGAAGGCGCAUUUAUUAUGGGCCUUGGUCUUUGGACAACCGAGGAGUUGGUAUACCAGGCGUCGACGGGCAAGCUUCUGACUGACAGAACUUGGACGUACCACCCGCCUGGAGCCAAGGACAUCCCAGUAGACUUCAGGGUCACGUUCUGUGCCAAUUCUCAGAAUACUGCCGGGGUCUUGCGAUCUAAAGCAACGGGAGAGCCGGCGUUAACGUUGGCGGUGGCGGUGACGCACGCCCUCCACGAGGCCGCUAUGGAGGCGCGGAAAGAAUUUGGAUAUACGGACACAGAUCGGAUACACAUCGAUUCACCAUACAGCGUAGAAAAUAUUUUGAAGGCAAUAUCUCCUAAAAUCGAAAGUUAUAAGCUAAACUAAUUAUAAGGAUACUCUAAGCUCAACAUAGUAUAUAAAUCAGAUUAAAAGAUCGUGAAAUG